UGAGAGGCGGAAGUAGACUGCGUUGGGAAACACGGAGGAAGCACAAGACGAAGGUGCGGCGAUCCAGGACCAAGUGCUAAGUUGUAUGUACAAACCAGGUGUGUAAAGUGCCUUUGGAUUAAAAGUGAGUGUUUUAGUGAGUGGGUCGUCGCUUUUUGCUGCAGAAACGAGAGGAGUGAUCGAUUUCAGAAUGGAGCCGAUGAGGGUCACACGGAUGUUGCAGGUUGCAAUCGUAAUCUUCCCGAACAUCACAGUUCUCGACUUCAUUGGCCCGUAUGAGCCACUGAACAGACUGCCGAAUGUGAAUGUGGUAUUGGUUAGUCAUAGUAAGGGUAUCAUCAGAGCUGAAAAGAGCUUGAUUGGCUUCGAGGCGACGGCCACUUUCGACGAGGUGCAGGAGCCCGACAUCGUCAUCGUCCCUGGUGGGUAUGGAGUUAAUGCUUUGAUACGUGACAAGCCCAUCCUGGACUGGAUCCGAAAGACCCAUGAGAAAACCCUGUACACCACGUCGGUGUGCACGGGGUCGCUGCUGUUAGCAGCAGCAGGCAUUUUGAAUGGAUUGGAAGCAACUUGCCAUUGGAGGGUGCUGCCCGAGCUGUCGAAAUUCGGUGCCAAGCCCACCAGCUCUCGAAUUGUGGAAUCGGGGAAAAUAAUCACUGCAGCCGGUGUGUCUGCGGGAAUCGACAUGGGCUUGAAAUUAGUUGCCUUACUUUCAAAUGACACCACUUGCAAGCUAAUCCAACUGGUGAUUGAAUACGAUCCCCAGCCUCCCUUCGAUUGUGGAUCACCUGCGGCAGCUGGUCCCGAACUUGUCUCUAUGGCUCGAGCGUAUGCGGAGAAAAACUACCCGGAUUAUUUUAUAUUUUAAAAUCUGUUAAAGUUUGCAAAUCAUGCUACAAAUACACGACAUUAAGACAUCAGUAAUAGUGAUAAACUGUUGUUCAGAGGUUGUUGGUUUGCCAUCUGCGUACGAUGCAAUCAAUAACCCUUUGUUUCAAAUAAACAUCACACCUUUCACGCA